AACUUUUUGAAUUUUACACCAAAUUUUAUGAUGUUUUUAUGCAAUUUCUUGACUUAUGACCACUGCAAAUGAAUGUUCAAGACCUAGGACAUUAAGUGCAAGUAAAAGGCUGUCUAAAAGGAGUACACAACGUGUGCAAAAUGCCACGGAAGAGCUACAAAAGUACAUUGAACAAUUUACGGAUGCUGAACAAACAAACCCUGCAGCGACGCCAAUUUCUCGUUGCUACGGAAGCUCAAAUGUCACUUUGUUGUCAACGAAACCUAAAUCCUUUUCGUCGCCAAAAAAGCACAGCAGAAAGGCUGCAAUAUCUCCAGAAAAGCAAGGGAAAAUGGUCGACAAUUUGGUUCAAUGGGUUAAUGAAUCUUAUUCAAAAGAUUUGCAAAGAAAGAUCGUCCCUUUUGGACAAAGGAGCAAUUCAAGUGUGGACAUUAAUGGCCUCAGUCAAACAGAUGGUAUAUAAUUGAAUCGUUUGUGUAUAUAAUAUGUCAAAAAAAAUAUUAUAGAGUUCUUUUAGUUUGUAAUGGUAUAAUUAAAAUGCCGUUUUUAUAUGCUUUUCUGGUGAUUAUCUUUUGGUUGUUUUGAUAGGGUACUUGAUAAGUUCUAACAACCUAAUAAAGAGUCAGGGUUAUUAAUUGUUUUAUUAGCACCUAAGUUCCAGGGCAAAAAUACUUCAUCAGAGAGCAUCGACAUUUGUUGUGCUUUGCAGACUGGUUUGAUUCUUCUUUCCACUCUUCUAGGGAAUGGUGAGUCAUAUGGUGAUGAAGUUUCAACUAUAUCUGAUGGUGAUGUUCAACUCUCCACCCUCCCCUCCCCUGGUAGUUCAGUUGCAUCAGAUCUUGACAGUAAUGUGGGCAGUAUGAGCACUGAUAUGUUGGUCAGCAGUUUUUAUAGACACAAUAACUCCCAACUGUCACAAGGUAUGUAAAGACUGAUUUACACUACACAACUUGCCUGAAACUGUCACAUGCAACCUGAUUACAACUUGCAUUGUACUGUGUCACUGUAAAUCAAGCACACAACUCAUCUACAUUGACGUAGGUGAGUUGUGUGCUUGAUUUACACAGUACAACUCAAGUUAUAAGUAGAUUGUAUGCAACAGUUUUAGGCAAAACUUGUGUUGUACAAAUUGGCCUUUAAUUAAACUUCUGUUAUACUCAUGGAUAUCUCAAUCUGUUUCCUCCCCCCCUCUCAGUAAAGGACAUUUCCUCCCCCCCCCCACAGUGGCUGGCAUCUGACUAUAGAGGAAACAGGAACUAAACUUCACUUCACUUUUGUUAGGAAAGGCAAUGAGCCAUCCUAGUUGGGUUGAAGAGUUGGUCACAGCAAAACAUUAUCCCAGCUGGGUAGAUGACAUUGAUGAAAGUCGUGCACAUGACCGAGAUGUCAGGCGUAAUCAAAGGUAGGUGACAUUUUGAACACACCCCCCCCUCCUCCCUGGCCUCUAUUGCUCUCAGUUGGUUAGGGCGCUGCACCGGAAUCGCAGGGCCACCAGUUCGAGUAUAAAAAUUCACACUUGACAUUUCCAUGACAAAACCCUUCUACAACUCUAAACUGGCUUAUUCUGUAUUUCCUUUUCCUAGAAAUCGUUUGUCAAGAUCCCUAUCACCAUCAUUUUUCCAAGAACACCCUCCCCUCUCCCCCACCCCUCAGUCUCCCCUCUCCACAUCACUCCAGGAUCACCCAAUGGAGAUCAGUGACCCACACCAAAAGAAGAGUAAAGCCUGGGACCUAGAAAGUACAGACACCGAAGUUUUAAUUGGUGAAUCAAUCUACGGUCGACAACCUGUUAAUAUGGGGGGAGCGUUUCAUAGUUCAUUGUAUCGGGAUAAAAAGAUCCAGCAACUAUUUGAUCAUAGUGUGAGAAAAUUUGGUAAGUUCAACAUAAGUCAAUAUUCCAAUCUUAUGUUGAUUAUACACAAGGUGUUGUUGCCCAGUAUACCAGAAGCUCAUGAUACAUGUGCUUGAGAACUGAGACGUUUUUGGUCAAAAACCAGGGAGCCCAGAGAAAUUAGUCUCUCAAAGCACCUUAGUUAAGAAUCACUCAACUACAACUCUACUUACAUGCAUUUUUAGGCCUUUUAGUUUUACAAUCAAGUUUUCAAGCAGAGCUAAGUUAUACCCAAUCUAAAUAAGUCCUCCAGCCUUGCCACAUACCCACUGAUGAAGAAUCUUUGCUCAAAAUAUUUGAUAUAAUGGAAUUGCGUUUCUCUUUCGUUAGCAAAGGAUUCCGAGCGAUCACUCGUUAAAGAAAUGUCUUUUGCACAAUCUCAUGUUGAUGAUGGAAAAACAACUGGACACCCACCACAACGCUUCACAAAACCAACAAAAAUGUCAAAUUCAAAAACUUCCAUAUCCAAACAUACCAAGAAAAAAGCUGGACCUCCGAUGCAAACUUCUAAAUCAUUUCCACACGAUGGAAGAACUCAAAAUGUCGCUGAAAAUAAUUUUCAACCUAGUCGUAGUUUUAACAAGAACGUUUAUACUAGUGCCAAUAGACCUUCCUCAUUGAGUUUACCAAAAGCCCAUGAUAUUAAGUCGAGUUCAGAAAUUCGAAAAAACUCAACAGACUCGUCCAAUACGGAUAGACUUAUGAGAAAAAGUCCUACUGGGAUUCAAAUGGCAAAACAAUAUACUGGAUCAAGAAAUAUUGAAAAUUCAACUGGGAAAUCUAGGAGAAGUAACAAAGAUGACAGGAUUUCUACACAGAUUCCUUCUCCAAGAGUUCGACCUACUCCAAAUAUGCUUUAUUCCAGCAAAGAUUUCCAUACUCCGGAUAUCAAGACUGCUUCAAGGGGUAGUCCAAAUGUGCCACAUUCUGCUAAGAACGUCCGCACUUUCAAUGGUGAUAUCUCACCAAGGCGUAACGCUAGCGACGAGUUGCAGAGAAUCAUUGAUCAAGCUGACUCCACUGAAGUGCUCAGACAAAGGAAAGACCAUUAUCUCAGUGGAAACGUUUCCAAAAAAGAUUUAACUCUACAAGAUAGGAAGCAAAUUUUUAACAAUCAUGCUAGAAUACAUGCUUCCACAGUCAGCCACACUAAACGAACUGAACAUAACAACAAUUACUCCACAAAAGGGUACCUCCACCCUACAAGAACAGACCCCCGCAAUUUUUCUCAACGGAGAUUAGUACCCUCGGGGAAAUAUGACAGGCAGACUGCCUGGAAUGAGAAUUCCUCUUUCGGCAACCACAGUGAAUCCUACGAGAGAAGUUCCCUUAGGACAAAAAUCCCCAGGAACUCAGACCCUACGAAGUUAGACCUAGGUACUAAAAUUCGUGAUCACAAAUUAAGAUCGCGAACUAAAUCUGCGCCUAAUAUGAAAGAUGGUCAUAUGGGGUCGUCUUCACCAGAGCGCAGAGAAGGAUAUAGGAGAAGUCUGAAAACUCGUAGGAGAGACGUGAAUUAUGCUAAUAAGGGAAACAUUUUAGCCGCUGAUUAUUCGAAUGACGGAAGAAUUUCAGACGCUGAUUAUGCUAAUGAGGACGUUUUGCACGACGAUACGGAAUCGGUAGAUACAGAAGCGCUAAUAAUAAAACCACCAAUGCUGCUUUUUGACGCAAGUCCCUCGCUUACUACAGAGAGUGCAGAAACUACUGAAGAUUCAGAAGAGAGUGGCGAUACAUUGAUUGAAAAUCUUGCAUUGAGAACCUCAUUCUUAGCCACUGACCUUCAGUCCUCAUCUGGGACUAGUUAUCUGGAGUUAUCUCCUAAGCGAGAUAUUGGCCUGGAUUGGGAAGAUGAAAAGCCACCAAAUGCGAGGUAUAUGGUAGAUACAUCGAAAUCUGUAUUUGUCAGAGAAUUAAAACACUUAUGAAUUAUUUUUAUUACUAGGCUUAACACCAAACCUGGGAUUAUAACGUCAUUCCUUGAGGAUUGUAUGCGGAACAGUCAGGAGGUAAUGCAAGUAAAUUUUCUUAAGUAUGUCUUAUAUAAGUACUAUUUAAAACACGAGCAGGAGUGAUUUAUCAGAUAUAAAACACGAGGCGACAGUCGAGUAUCUUAUAUCUGAUAAAGCAUAGACUGCGACUGUUUUACUGUCGUUCCAAUUGAAGUGUUCCUCAAAUAUUGAUUCAAUACAUUACCUCGGGCUGACCAAUUCAUACGAAUGCAAAUUUCUUUUUACUUCCUGUGCUUAAAAGUAACAGGAAGUUGAUCAAUUUUCUAUCAAAUGAAUUGGUCAGCCCGAGGUAAUAUAUUGAAUCAACAUUUGAGGAACACUUCAACUGGAACGACAGUAAGUGGCUUAAAAAACGACUCAUUUUUUUAACACAUAUUAAUCACACGCUAGUGGAUAUAUAGAUUAUUAAAGUGUUUUUCAAGUGCAUAUUAACAAGUUUAUAUUGGAACGAACGUAUAUAAAGAUUGUUACGUUUAAAAAUUCACUAUUUGUUUAAAAAGGUAUUUUGAGCUAAAACGUUGCUGUUAUUGUAGUGAAGGCACAAACCCGAGCGAGUCAGUCCUAGAUGGUGUACAGAACUCCCUUUUCAAAUACCAUAACUUCCUAUUCAAAUGCCAAAAAGGCUCCGUUUUCAAAAGCCACAACUCCCUUUUCAAAUGCCAAAACUCCCUUUUCAAAUGCCAGAACUCGCUUUCAAAUGCCAGAACUCCCUUUUCAAAUGCCAAAACAGAACUCCCUUUCAAAUGCCAAAACUCCCUUUUCAAAUGCCAAAACUCCCUUUUCAAAUGCCAGCACUCCCUUUUCAAAUGCCAAAACUCUCUUUUCAAAUGCCAGAACUAUACCUUUUCAAAAGCUAGAUGGUGUAUACAAUCUUCAUAAGUGUGCUUUUCUUUACAUCAGAGUCGUUCAGACAUGAAGUCCGACACUGGCAAGUUCCCGUCACGUUCCUUCAUAGAGGAAGAACCUGAAUCUGUGAUGAGUGAAGACAUCAGCUCAGAAAGACCCGUGGAAACGUUAAAGAAAAUGUUAUUUACUGUACAACGUCUGACUCACUCCAGUGAAGAAAAUUCUGAUCAGGGCGUAGAUGAUCACUCGGCGUUUGAAACGCAAAGCGAAAGUUUAACUGAAGGUGAAUAACAAUAGUUGUAUACAUCUAUAUCUUACUUGCCACAGCUUUUUCUGACAAUCUACGUCUUUGUUUUGAUAUAAAAUAUAAGAUUUCUCCAAUUAUCUGUUUUAGAAGUCCUAUCAGAUAUUUUAUCCACUGCAAGUCGCAAUGAAGGCCAAGAUUCCUUAUCCAGGUAAGACUGUUCGAGUCGGUAUUUAAUAUUAGGUAACUGAGUAACAGCAAAUUCUGUAUACUAUAGGUAUAACUCACAUUCAAGAACAUGUACUACCUCUGCAUGAUCUAACCAUGCUUAACUCAGCAGUGAGUUCUGUACAACAUCAGAUCACUUUAAGGUAGCUCACAUUCAAGAACAUGUACUACUUCUGCAUGAUCUAACCAUGUUUAACUCAGCAGUGAGUUCUGUACAACAUCACAUCACUUUAAAGUAGCUCACAUUCAAGAACAUGUACCACCUCUACAUGAUCUAACCAUGCUUAACUUGUCAACUGGGACACAUUCAUGAGGGACUUGUUAUUUAAGUCUAAUUCAUUUAUCUUAAUGUUCUAGGGCAUAUUACCACCUCGCACGGCUCAAGAGACUUGUGUCAGCGAGUAAGGAAGUUGCAGCAUGGAAGUGAGGCCAUCGCCCGUUCUGGUAACCUACGUCAUAGCUAGAGUGUAUGACGCAGUCAUAGUGUGUAUCACGUAGCAAACCGAUGUGUUUGUUGUGGAUUCGUUGCGUUUUCAAAAGUUAGUUCCACUCUGGAGAGACCUUUUUCGAAAUUCGUUUUUCUCCGGAAACGUGUGGACGGAAGACGUAACGGCAACAAAAUGUUUGAAAUGUGUCCAAACUUCAUCUCUGUGGUCGAGGAGUUCGAUUUCCGCAUUGGCCUGAAGUAUGAUGUGUAGAGCUGCAGAGACAGCAAUCUGCUAGAGCUAUAUUCAAUUGAAAUAAAGUUCAUAUUACUUGACAUAACACAAUUUUAUGUAUACAGAGUGACCCCAUCAGUGGUACUGUUAUCACUGGGGAGUAAAAUAAGAGUUAGUACAGAAGUUUACUACACUGAUAAAAAGUUUUACAACACUGG